GUUAAACAAACGCUCCCUUAAAUUGAGGAAGACGAAUAAUCAAGAGUAGUGGGUGUAAUGUGUGUUAAGUGUUUCUUUCUGAAAAUAUUCGUUGUUGGGGCGUUCUUUUAACUAUCCAUGAAGGGAAACAAGUAUGAAAGUGACAUUGAAUUUGUACAUCUGCCAUGAUGGCUUUUUUUGGGCAUUGUCAAUUAUUUAUUGGGCGAACAGUAAAUUGGACCACAAAUUUUGGACAGCAGAGCUCAACUCUUCUUUUGUUCUGGAGUUGUAUGUAUCUGCUGUAAUGAUUGGGGUAUAACAAAAGGAGUUUGCAGUGGUAACUGUGUCUUUUAUUGCAGAUCAAACUGGCAUCUGUUAAACUGGCCAUGAAGUAUAUGAAGAGAGUAUCUGCAGAGCUCGAAUUUGUUAGUGGUGUUCCGGAAGAAGAAGAACUUAUAAUUCAAGGCGUUAAGUUUGCAUUCCGAGUACAUCAGUUCGCGGGUGGUUUUGACGUGGAAACAAUGAGAGCAUUUCAAGAACUGAGAGACAAGGCUCGAUCGUGCAAUGUGCAGUGCCAAAAUCAGCAACAGAAAAUUAUUUUCAGGCCAGCAUAGCAUGGCUAAUGAUGGAUCCAAGAAUUUAGGUGAACAUGGGUGGAUACAAGUGAAUAUAGAAGAAAAGCUGUAGUUCAAGUUAGCGUGGGUGGAAUCAAGUGAGCAUGGACAGCCAUUCCAAUAUAAGGGGGGGGGAAUAAAAUUCGACGAAGCCAGCAAGUAAGCACGGGCAGCCGCAGGGGCUCACCAGGUGGUAGCUCUGCCCCUAAGCAUGGCAUGACACAUUUGACACCACUCGUCUAGUUUUGUCAAGUUUCGUGAGCAAAUAAGUCCAUAUAUAUAAUUUAGA